AAUACGAGGGUAGUUCUCUUUGUGACGGUGGUAGGUGGAGUGUUGCGAGAUCGAGGGCUUUCGUCUGUUUACUAAUAUUCUCUCUCUUUUCGUGUGUCUCUGAUUCUCUUUCAGUUCUUCGAAAAAACAAAAUUUUCAUUGCGCACAGGUUCUCCGAUUUCGUCGAUUUUGGAGUUCGCAGAUCUUGCGACUUCGGCAACUCGAGAUUGUGCUUGUUUUUUGGAGCAGUGAAUUCUUGAGUCUUUUGGAUCUCGAGUUAAAGCUCCGUUACGGAGGUUAGGAUUUUUUGUUAGAAGGCGAAAUUAGGGAUUGUAUAGUGGGAAUAGGGAAUUGAGUUUUUGGUUGGCAAGGAUUAGGGUUUUUGGAGGAGAUGGCUUCGAAUCCUCCAUUUCAGUUGGAGGAUCAGACGGAUGAGGAUUUCUUCGAUAAGCUGGUUGAGGACGAUGAUGUCCACGUGGCACCUGUUAAGCCCAUGGCUCAAGAUGUAAGCAGUGAUUCCGAUGAUGCCGCCAAAAUGUUUGCAAAUCUGGGAAUCGGUGAUGCCGAUGCCAGCGUCGCUUCUGAGAAUUCAGGUGUUGGCAAGAGUGGGAUUGAGCUGAAUAGAGAAGAUGAUGGCAAUAAAUCCAAUGUUGGAACCGUUGCAGGUGAUUAUGAAAAGGGAGGUUUUAUGGCGUCCUUGAAUGAAGGGACUGUAGAUCCAGGAAUACAUGGAACCGGAUCCGAUGUUUUGAAGGAUUCAAAUGCCAGCAAGAGCAAUGGAACUGCCGGUCCAGAGAUUAAGCAAGUCGGUUGGAAUGCUUUUAAUAUGGAUUCUAGUGGAGGCGAAGGCUUUUCCGACUUUUUCAGUGAAUUUGGGGAUCAGUCUAGCGGGGAUUUUGGUGCGAAAGUGUAUGGUGGUUCUAAUGGUGAAGUGAAACAUGAUGAGGUGAAACAUGAUAAUGGAAUCCAAAGUGAUGGAUUUAACAGUUCGGUUACCUAUGCCCAAUACCAAGAGGGUCAAGCUUAUGAUGCAUCUCUUGGAAAUAGCACAAGUGGUCAAGAUCUCGGUAGCAGCCAGGACUGGGAGAGUCUUUAUCCUGGAUGGAAGUAUGACUACAAUACUGGGCAAUGGUAUCAAGUAGAUGACAAUGCAACAGCUGCAACUCAGGGAAGCACUGAUGGCAAUGCAGCAGUGGCAGCAGGUUGGCCUGCUGCUUCUGAUGCUGCAGCAGAGAUCUCCUAUGAGCAACAACCUUCUCAGUCAAUUGCAGGAACAUUAGCCCAAUCUGGUACAACUGAAAGUGUAUCUAACUGGAAUCAGGUUUCGCAAGGGAACAAUGGGUAUCCAGAACAUAUGUAUUUCGAUCCUCAAUAUCCCGGUUGGUAUUAUGACACAAUUGCCCAAGAAUGGCGCUCAUUAGAUACUUACAAUUCAUCAGUUCAAUCCACGGCUCAGGGACUAGAAAAUGGUCAUGCUUCUACUGGUUCUUUUUUGCAUACGGAUAAUAAUUUGUAUACAGAAUUCGGCCAAGCUGGUAGUUAUGGCUCACAGGAUGUUAGUGGUCAAGCUGUGGAUGGCAGAUGGAGUGGUUCGUAUGGUGUUAACCAUCAGCAAGGCUGGAACACUUACACGACUGAAACUGUUAAUAGAAGUGGGGAUCAUGCAUCUUCUGUUGGAAACAAGCAAUUGGAUCAUUCUUAUGGAUCAAGUAUUUCUGUAAAAGAUCAACAGAGUACUUCUAGUUCAUUUGGAUCAGUUCCUAUGUAUAAUAAAGUGAACCACAAUCAUCAUCAAUCUAAUGGUAGUGUUGGAGUGCAAAGCUUUGCUCCUAGUGCAGAUCAUACUCAACAUUUAAAUUAUUCAAAUACAAAGUAUGAUGAGCACCAAAGUUUCUCAAAUGAUUACGCUGAAAGUCAGAAAUCCUUUAGUUACUCCCAGCAAUCAUUUCAGAGCGGGAAUCAGUAUUCUUACGCUCCUCAUGCUGGAAGAUCAUCAGCUGGACGUCCUCCCCAUGCCUUGGUGACCUUUGGAUUUGGUGGAAAACUUGUUGUAAUGAAGGAUUCUAGUCUCAUGAGCUCAUCCUUUGGUAGCCAGGAUGCUGCUGUUCAAGGUUCAGUUUCUGUGUUGAACGUGAUGGAAGUUGUCAGGGGAAGCAUGGGUUCUUCCAGUGAUUAUUUUCAUGCACUGACCCAGCAAUCUUUCCCAGGACCUUUGGUUGGUGGUAGUGUAGGAAGUAAAGAUUUGUACAAAUGGAUAGAUGAGCAGAUUGCAAACUGUGGAUCACCUGAUAUGGAUUAUAAGAAAGGUGAAAGGUUGAGACUCCUUCUCUCCUUGCUUAAAAUAGCCUGCCAACAUUAUGGGAAAUUACGUUCUCCAUUUGGCACAGAUACCAUACUGAAAGAAAAUGAUACUCCUGAAUCAGCAGUUGCAAAACUCUUUGCAUCAGUCAAGAUGACUAGUAAGGAUUUCACUCAGUAUGGCAUCCUGAGCCAUUGCCUGCAAAACUUGCCUCCAGAAGAAAGAAUGCGGGCUAUGGCUUCUGAGGUACAAAAUCUUCUUGUCUCGGGCAAAAAGAAGGAGGCUUUGCAAUGUGCACAAGAAGGUCAAUUGUGGGGCCCUGCACUUGUACUUGCUUCACAACUUGGUGAACAGUUCUAUGUUGAUACAGUUAAGCAAAUGGCCCUUCGACAACUGGUUGCAGGGUCACCUCUGCGCACAUUAUGCCUUCUAAUUGCUGGACAACCUGCUGAAGUUUUCUCUGCUGACAGCUCAACUGGAGGGAAUCCCAGUGCCUUUAAUAUGCCUGAGCAGUCUGCACAGUUAGGAUCUAAUGCCAUGCUUGAUGAUUGGGAAGAGAAUCUGUCUGUAAUAACUGCAAACAGAACCAAAGAUGAUGAACUAGUAAUUAUUCAUUUAGGUGAUAGCUUGUGGAAGGAGAGAAGUGAGAUCACCGCUGCACACAUAUGCUAUUUAGUUGCUGAAGCAAACUUUGAGUCAUACUCAGACAGUGCAAGGCUCUGUCUAUUAGGAGCAGAUCACUGGAAAUUUCCUCGAACUUAUGCUAGUCCAGAAGCUAUCCAGAGAACUGAAUUAUACGAAUAUUCGAAGGUGAUUGGAAACUCCCAGUUUAUUUUGGUUCCAUUCCAGCCAUAUAAGCUUAUAUAUGCCUAUAUGCUUGCUGAAGUGGGAAAGAUUUCAGACUCGUUGAAGUACUGUCAAGCAGCAUUGAAAUCCUUAAAAAUUGGCAGGACACCGGAAGUAGAAACAUGGAAACAAUUGGUAUUGUCUCUUGAGGAGAGGAUUAGAACCCACCAACAGGGUGGAUAUGCUGCAAAUUUGGCUCCUGCAAAGUUAGUGGGCAAAUUGCUCAACUUUUUUGAUAGUACUGCUCAUAAAGUUGUUGGUGGAUUGCCCCCGCCUGCUCCAUCAUCAUCACAAGGAACUGUACAUGGAAAUGAACAGCAUCAUCACUCUGUGGCACACACGCAGAGAGUAGCCAGUAGCCAAUCAACGAUGGCCAUGUCAUCCUUAGUUCCAUCUGUUUCUAUGGAACCCAUAACCGAGUGGACAACUGACAAUAAUAAAAUGACAAUGCCCAAUAGAAGUGUUUCGGAGCCAGACUUUGGUAGAAGCCCCAGACAGGAAACUUCACCUGAUGCACAAGUACGAGAGGCAGUAUCAGGGGGAACUUCACGCUUCUCCCGUUUUGGUUUUGGCUCACAACUUUUGCAAAAGACGGUGGGGUUAGUCUUGAGGCCUCGCACUGGCAAACAGGCUAAAUUGGGUGAAAAGAACAAAUUCUACUAUGACGAAAAACUGAAGAGAUGGGUAGAGGAAGGUGCGGAACCUCCUGCUGAAGAAACUGCACUUCCGCCGCCACCAACAAAUGCUGUUUUCCAAAAUGGUUCAACUGAAUACAACUUGAAAUCUGCAUUACAAACAGAAGGAUCACCUUCCAAUGGUGGCUCUGAUUUGAGAACUUCAAGUUCUCCUGGGAUGCCACCAAUGCCACCUAGCACAAACCAAUUCUCUGCACGUGGCCGCAUGGGUGUUCGGUCAAGGUAUGUUGAUACCUUCAACCAAGGUGGUGGAAGCUCUGCAAACUUAUUUCAAUCGCCACCUGUUGCAUCUGUCAAACCUGCUCUUGGAGCCAAUGCAAAGUUUUUCAUUCCGUCUCCUGCACCAUCAUCAAAUGACCAGACAAUGAUGGGUAUAACAGAAAGCAAUCAAGAAGAUACCUCGAGUAAUGAAAAUCCGUCUACAUCUUCAGGGAAUGAUUGGUCCCCCCAACCCCUCAGUCCCAAGCCACCAUUGCCCAAACAAAAGUUUCCAAGUAUGGGUCACAUCUCAAACCAGGUAACAAUGACAAAUAGUGGCAACCCUGGUUCCCUUCAACGGCGAGCUUCAUGGGAUAGUAGUGUUAGCACUUCAUUUAGCCCGUUGAGGAAGGGUGAAAUUAGGCCUCUAGGGGAAGCUUUGGGACUGCCACCAUCAGUGUAUAUGCCUAAUCAGUUUUCUUCGAUGAGCGCACCUCCUACAAGGAGUGGCAGUGGCAGUUUUAGUGAUCUUCAUGAGGUUGAACUUUGAGCAGAUAAUUCAGCUGUAAAUAUCAAAUUUUAUUUAUGGUCAUUAUCAUAGUUGGUUGGGAUCUGAGACACAAGAAUGGUGGUACAAGAUCUUUUCCCCUGCCCCAUUGUUCUAUAUAAUAUACAUCAUAGGUGUUAUUUUACUUUAAAUGCCAAGGUCACAGGUGGCUUUAGGUGGUGGUGGUGGUGGCCUUCUAGUAAGGGAUAGGCCCACUUACUUUGGCGAGCAGUAACCAAUUUGAAGAGCCUCCUCCAACUCGGUUCUUUUCAUGUCCAUAAACAGUUGAACUCUGAAACAGCAGCCAUCUCCAACCUCGCAUCUUCGUUGACCCUACUCUCCCCCACCAACGGGCAGCAUGGCGGUGCCGAUCACCACUGCAAUCCAUGCUGCCACAACUCUUGUUGUACAACAAUGCUACACUGCUAUGAAUGACAGCCGCCCGUGGCAACCUCGGUCUGCAACCCCAUCUCCUGCCUUCAAAAUGCCCAAAUUUGAUCCCUUCGCUACUGGCUCAUCAUCCUGCAUGCUUGAGAAACACUGCCUCUUUCUCUUUGAUUGUUUGGAUUAUUUUAUUUUAUUUUUUGACAACGGUCUCUAAACAGAUAUAGAAAUGUGUAGGAAUUUAAACUUGUUUGGAUAAGAAAACAAAUAUAGAAACGAGACAAGCAAACAAUUUUGUUUGUGUCUUUAUUUCCAUGGCCUUAGUAUUUCUAUA